CAUUAUAUUGGAUAAAAAAAAAUCAACUAUCCGUUAUGUCCCUAAUUCGACAGACGUUAAAAAAUUUCGCUCGUACCAGCAACGCUGCGAUGGUGAAACGAUUAAUGUCCUUAGAUAUUUCCCACAUUCAUAAGAGAUAUAGUAGCACUACUAAAACUGAUGAUCCUUCACAAUUCCCUGGUGCUAAAGCGCCGUUUGUUUCCAAUUUAAAAUUGAUUGAACAUACUGACUAUGAUGCCAUUCCUAUCUACCGGGUCAUGGAUAGUGACGGAUACAUAGCCGAUGAAUCUCAAGAUCCUCAGUUAAGCAAGGAAGUAGUGCAAAAGAUGUUUAAUGAUAUGGUCCUACUUAACACUAUGGACAAAAUUUUAUACGAGUCUCAACGUCAGGGACGCAUUUCGUUCUACAUGACGAAUUUUGGGGAAGAAGCGUCGCAUAUUGGAAGUGCAGCUGCUUUAGAAAUGCGGGAUUUGAUAUAUGGUCAAUACAGAGAAGCUGGAGUCUUAGUUUGGCGUGGCUUUCGCAUCGACCAAUUCAUUGACCAAUGCUAUGGCAACUGUGAUGAUAAAGGCCGUGGCAAACAAAUGCCAGUACAUUAUGGAAGCAAAGAACUUAAUUUUGUUACUAUAUCCAGCCCUUUGUCAACUCAAAUGCCACAAGCUGUUGGUGCAGCAUAUGCUAUGAAGUUACGUCCCAAUAAUGAUGCUUGUGUGGUGUGUUAUUUCGGAGAAGGUGCAGCAUCCGAAGGUGAUGCUCAUGCAGCUUUUAACUUUGCAGCAACGCUGGAAUGUCCAGUUAUUAUGUUUUGCCGCAAUAAUGGAUUUGCAAUUUCUACCCCUUCGCACGAACAAUACAAUGGAGAUGGAAUAGCAGCUCGUGCUCAUGGUUACGGCAUGGCAACGAUACGUGUUGAUGGCACAGAUGUAUUCGCUGUUUACAAUGCUAUGAAAUUGGCUCGUGAAUAUGUAAUUCGUGAAAAUAAACCAAUUGUUUUUGAGGCUAUGGCAUAUCGUGUUGGACACCAUUCGACAUCAGAUGAUAGUACCGCUUACAGAUCUGCUGAUGAAGUUGAAGUUUGGAAUUCAAAAGAACAUCCUUUAUCAAAACUAAAGAGUUACAUGGUUCGAAAAGGAUGGUUUAAUGAAAACGAGGAAAAAGAGUUUGUAAAAGACGUACGGAAACAAGUUUUGAAACAAAUUAGUAUAUCAGAAAAAAAACCGAAACCCAACUGGAAAGAAAUGUUCGAGGGUGUUUACUCGGAAAUACCUCCACAUUUGAGAGAACAAAUGAAAGAAUUGGAAGCUCACAUCAAUACACAUAGGAACCACUAUCCUGUAAAAAGCUUUAAGGCGUAACAUGUCCAACCUAUGAUCGUUGUUUUAACCGAACUAUUGCGCCUUUCAUUAGCUUACACAUUUAUUUUCUUGUUAUUGUUAUUUUCACAAUAACCUCUGGACCAUAAUCUAGCAUGGUAUACGAGUGUUUUAAAGUUGAUUUGAAUAGUCUUUGGUGGUAGAUUGGAACUGUUAUCACAAAGCAUGUGAUAUUCAAAGUGCAUUUAUUAAUUUUAAGAAAUUAAACCGAAAACUUACCUUUGUGUUAACAAAAACACAAUGCCACUAAAGUUGGCAAAUAGGAAAAAAUAAAAUAUUUUUCGAUUUUUGAUUACGUAAUAUUAAAGUAAUGUAUAUUGUAUCAUGCGUGUAAAAUUUUUUAAUUAAAUCCUGGUUUAUCUGUGUUUUAAUAUGUCAAAUAAACAAUAAAGAACGCCUUUUAAUCUGAA